AAUUGGCCAGCCAAUUGUUCCGCUUUGGCAGUAAAAAGCGUCCCGGUGUCUGCAUCUGCAAUGCCCAAUGUCGGCUGCAAUCCCUGGGCGAAGCAGCAGCCGAUGGCAGCCUGGUGGGACCCACCAUCAAGACCCAUCAUGGGAGCUUGGACCGCCUGCUGCAGAAGGGAGGAGGAACCAGUGGUGAACGUUCGAUAAGCUGGGUAGUGGAUGGCGGAGCAGCUGGCUCUGGGGCCCUGCUGAAUGCCUCCUCCGAUGACAGUGAUGACAAGAAGAAGGCGAGGCUAGAGGAGGCGCCUCCGCCACCACGCCCGCCUUCCAGGACGCAUGUGAAGCCCACGGCCAAGGAGGAGUUCGAUCGUGGCGUGGAGGUGGAGAAGUUCUAUCACCAGAUCAAUGGCGACAUCUUUGAGAUCACUCGUCGAGUGCGGGCCCGCGAUGAGGAGACCAUGGAGCAGAAAUGCAUACGCAGAAAGGGAUCCGUCCGGCUUACGGAGCCCCCGGGUGCCCAUGCCCAUGUGCGGAUAGAGCAACGACCCCAGCUGCCACCGCGUCGCCAGAAGAGUGCCGAGGAAGUGGCCACCAUGCCCAAGAGUGCCCUGCGUCCGGCGCCCGAGCAGCUGGAAUGGUUCGACCGGAGGGCACAGCAGCGUCACUCUGCCCGCUCGGCGGAAGGAGGCCAGGUGCGAGACGAGACCAUGGAAUGGCUGAAGCUACAGAAAACGGCCAGUCCCUCGCAGCCAGUGCGCACUUCGUCGGGUCCCAGUGAGAUUACAGUGCUCAAGGAUGAGCUGCCCGACUGGCUCCUAGACCAUCUGCCACGGAAAAAAGAGCGUGACCGGGAUAGAGAUCGAGAUCGGUUGCCCUCGGAUGCAAGCAAGAGCGUGGGCUCCUCCGCCUAUGCCAAGGCUCUGUCGGAGCUGCUCAAGAAGCCGCUGUCACGCCAGAGCUCCGGACCCUGCGAGUUCUCGCUGCUCAAGACGGACAUCGUGGAGUGGCUCACCAAGAUGCAGGUGAGCGGCGGAGCAGAACGUGGAAAGUCCCGGCGCUCGCAUCAUCGACGCAAUGGCAGCGGCAGCGAUGCCCAACCGCGUUCCAAUUCCCAGGAGGAUGCUCAGGAUCAUGGCCAGUCCAAGGCUUCGGGCCAUCGCAAGCGGCAUUCCCUGGGACACAGUGGAGCUGCCAGCGAGGAGGAGCAGCAGCAGCUGACGGCGGAUUGGAUAGCCUAUCCGCUGCAUAAGCUCCAGUCCCUGGGCAAGCAGCCUCCACCUCCCACUUCCAUACCCAGUGGUUAUGCGGUACCCAGUGCCCUUUCGCACACGCCACUGUGCCAGCGGCGGGAGGAGCGCUCCCGGGAGCGAAGGCUCCGUCAUUCGGCCAGCGAGGUGGUGGGCAGCGGUGCCGGAACGUCCUCCACUGCCCACCUGGAGCGACUGUAUGCGAAGCCGCACAAGGAACGCUAUCAGUAUGUGCCAAAGACCAGCAAAGAAGCUGGAGGAGUUGGAGGAGGCGGAGGCGUGAAGAAGGAGCGAUCUCGUCGCCACCAGACCCAGAGAUCCGCCACGGUCUCCGACAUGUCCGCCCAGCGAUCUGGUGGCCAUAAGCGCAAGUCCUCGAGUGCAGAACGAGCGCCCAGGUCACCGUCGCCGGGCCCCUGCACGGAUCCCGACUGUCCACUGCUGCCCAUCUGCACGGAUCCACACUGCAGGUACCAGGAGUGCCAGGCGCGCCAGUGCCUGACCUCGUCGGUGAGCUCGGUGAAUCUGGCGCGGCACCAGCAGCUGGCCCAGGUCCAACUGCAUGCUGUGCCCAUGGGCAUGGGCUCCGAUGUGCCAACGACGCCAUCCACAACGGCCACGCCACCUCCGCCGCCACCGCCUCCUUCCGCGGGAAUAGCAGGAGGCGGAGGAGUGGCAGCUGGCCCGGAACGCCGCCUGGUCAUCUGCCACGACUGCCGGUCGUGUGCGCCACUCCUCAGCUGCCGGAAUCGCAAAUGCCUCAAUGCAGCCAAGUGCAACUCACUGCCUCGCUGCGCCGCCGACUUCAACCGGUUGCGCACCCAGCUGGCCCAGCCUCCCACGACACUGGACGACAUCGAACCGGCGCCGCUGGAACUGGAUCUGGAGAUGCAGCCACUACCCUCGCCCCCGCGUCCGCAUCCGUACCAGCAUCAGCACCAGCAUCAUCACUACCGCAGCAACUCUCAGCCGAAUACGCUGCAACGUGGUGACUCCGCCAGCUCUGCCGGAGGAAAUGGCACUGGGGGAGGCCUGCCAAUGGGAGGAGGAGGAGGUCUGGCCUGGCUGGAGCCCAUGACCACGUUAGUGCAACCACUGCCCGCCUAUGUGCAUCAUGCGAAUGGAAAGCUGAUGAAAUCCGCCUCGGCUGCCUCGCUCAACUCACGCCGAAGACGCCACAAAACCGUACACUUUGGCGAGAAUCUGUUGCGGGAAGUGUGCCAGAAUCGAAAGCUAAUCAAAACGGAGACACAGGUGCCCUCCGGAUCGGCGCCAAUGAAGGCCAACAUCCAGAUGCUGUACAACUUUGUGGAGGGUGUGCUCAGUGCCUGGGUGGAUGAUGACGAGGAUCAGGUGCGCUCCGGUGCCGAGUCGGAGCCAGAGCAUGGGAUGGUGCCCAUGCAACCGAUCCAUAGAUGCAAUCGCCUGCGCUACCAGUGCAUCCGUCGGGUGGUCGAGGAGGCAGCCGAUCUUCAGGGAACCCUGAAGUUGGGCAACUCCCGGUAUCGCCAUCGCCAUUGGCGCAGCACCGCCAAACAGUGCAACGAAAUGUUCCUUCGCAAGAUUUCGGAUGAUGAUCGAAUGAGCCUAACUACCGCCGUUUCGGAUGAAGAUGAUGGGGAAAGUGUCAUGGCGUCACCAUAUAAAGCAAAGGCCACUGGCACCGCUGCAUCCUCGUUCAACUGCACGGGAGCUGUUCGCAAAGCUGGCUUCCUAUCGGUAAAGAAAUGGUUACUACGCAAGAAGCACCAAAUCGAGCUGGCCAGGAAGCGGGGCUGGAAGGGCUAUUGGGUGUGCCUUAAGGGCACCACGCUGCUCUUCUAUCCCUGCGAUUCCCGCGAGGGCCGGAGCGUGGAGGCGGCUCCCAAGCACUUGAUUAUCGUGGACGGUGCAAUUAUGCAACCAAUACCCGAGCAUCCCAAGCGCGACUACAUCUUCUGUCUGAGCACGGCAUUCGGUGAUGCCUAUCUCUUCCAGGCACCCUGUCAGGUGGAGCUGGAAAAUUGGGUGAAUAGCAUUCAUAGCGCCUGUGCUGCUGCCUUUGCCCGGCAUCGCGGCAAGACCGGAACCCUACACCUGCUCCAGGAGGAGAUCUUCCGGCUGGAGAAGGCCAUUGAGUCGGAUCACAAGCUGAAGCACAUGGCCGAGCUGCAGCAAUCAGUUGUCACCGAUCAGGAGACGCGUCAUCAGAUCCAGACGCAGAUACUGCAGUGGGAGGAGAACCUGGAGCGGUUGCAUUGCGAACAGUUCCGGCUGCGCUGUUACAUGGCCUCGCUGCAGAGCGGCGAGCUGCCCAAUCCGAAGUCGCUGCUGACUCACGUCUCACGCCCCACAAAGAACACGCUGAACAAGUUGGGCGUAUUCACGGUAUCCUCCUUCCAUGCCUUCAUCUGUGCCCGCUCGCCCUCGUUGCUCAACAAUCUUCUGGCAGGACGAGGAGCUACCAAACGGAGGCCCCCGAUGCUAUCGCGAUCCAAUAGCGGCUCCAGUCGUCGCUCCAUGCAGAUGAAUUCACGUGACGAACCGGAAAAAACUUUCAAAGUUGCAAUGCCCGACAAUGCUUACUCGACAGUUUAUCUACGUGAUGCCAUGUCUGUGGAGGAAUUCCUCGCCAGCGCCUGCGCCCGUCGCAACCUCAAUCCCAUGGAGCACUUUGUGCGCGUCAAGAAGCGACGUGACAUGGAGGAUCACAAUUACUUUGUGCCGCAUCGCAACGAUCUGAUUGAGAAUUAUCUACAUAAUCACGAGUUCGUGGAGGUCUGCAUGAAGAUCCUUUACCAGGUGGAACUGCAGCGGACCACUCUCGAGCAGAUGUGGGGCUUCUCCGUGGAGGCGGAACUGAUCGAGAAUGCGGAGCGCCAGGAUGAGCUCUGCUGCUACGUGAGUCGCGUGGAGGACAAGAGCGUGGCCAUGCACAACGGCAUCAUCAAAGGAGACGAAAUAAUGGUCAUCAAUGGGGCAAUUGUGUCCGAUCUAGAUAUGAUGUACUUGGAGAGCGUCCUGCAGGAGGAACAAUCGCUCAGCAUGAUGAUGCGGUCUUCGCGCACGGAGCCACCAGAUCUAGUGGGGAUCAUGCGUGUUACGGAUGAUAUGAUUGACUCGCUGGUGUGCCCACCGCCACCCACAGAUCCGCCGGUGAUGAGCGAGGAGAUGAUAACUGGACUGAUUGUUCCGGCCCCGGUUGGAGUAAAUGGCACUAGCAAGGAUUUGUACUCGCCGGAGGCUGAAUCCUCGCCAGCCCCCUCCUUCGUUGAUCCCGCUAUGGCCGCCCAACUUGCGGCCGCCGGGGGCGUGGUCGUGGGCGGAAUGGGAGGCAUGGCCGGAAUGGGCGGACUGGGCGUUGCCAAGCCCACAUCGCGAACGAGCAGCUUCGAGAUUGAGAAUCUGUUGAAGACCGCAGAGCAAGUUACCGGAUUUUGUCGUUCACCCCAGGAAACACGCAAAUCGAGCCCCACCGGCUCGGUCACCUCAUCGGUGUCAACCACGGCAUUGACCCCAUCGCGACAACUGACCGAUGCGGAGAAGCUGCGCAAAGUUGUCAUGGAGCUCGUGGAUACGGAACGCACCUACGUUAAGCAUCUGAACAAUCUGCUGGAGCAUUAUCUGGAGCCCAUGAAACGCGAGACAUUCCUCUCCAACGCCGAGAUCAAUGCGCUGUUUGGCAACAUUCAUGAGAUUGUGACAUUCCAGCGUCAGUUCCUGCAGAAUCUGGAGGAGUCCUUGGACCUGGAGCCGGAGUUUAACAAGUUCGAGCACUGUGGCCAGUUCAGGAAUGUGCUCUUUGCAAUUGGCUCAGCUUUUCUGUAUUAUGUCAAUCACUUCAAGCUAUACUCCUCGUUCUGUGCCAGUCACAGCAAGGCGCAGAAGGUCCUGCAUCCGAACGAAGGCAACCACGCCCUGCAGGAGUUCCUGGCAGCCCGGAAUCCCAAGCAGCAGCACAGCAGCACUUUGGAAUCGUAUCUGAUCAAGCCGAUUCAACGCAUCCUCAAGUAUCCCCUGCUGUUGCAGCAAAUGCGCAACCUAACCGAUACCCGGGCCGAUGAGCAUGUCCAUCUGUGUGAGGCACUCAAGGGCAUGGAAAAGGUGGCCGAGCACAUCAAUGAGAUGCAGCGCAUUCACGAGGAGUAUGGUGCCAUCUUCGAUCACCUGUUCCGGCAGCACCAAAAGUCCUGCAAGCAGCCCAUCGACCUGAGUCCAGGAGAUCUCUUGUACUAUGGCGGCGUCGAAUGGCUAAACAUCUCCGACUUUUUGGGCAAGAUCAAGAAGGGACUGGAGCUGCAUGCCAUGUGCUUUGUAUUCAAGUCAGCAGUGGUGUUCCUCUGCAAGGAGCGGCUGCGCCAGAAGAAGAAGUUGAUGGGCGUGUCGAGCAAGAAUGCUACUAACGAGGUGGAGAUUAUUCGCUAUCAGGUGCUAAUUCCCGUAACUGAGGUUCAGGUGCGCGCCAGCUCUGCCAAGGAUAUGGACUCACACUUCCUGUGGGAGCUAAUCCAUCUACGCUCCCAGCUGCAACGCCGCUCCGAGAAGGUCUACGUGCUGUCCAACAGCACCGCCGACUUCCGCAAUGCCUUCCUCAAGACCAUACGGCAGAUCAUACGCGAGAGCGUUCGGAAUAUGUCAAUUCCCAUGAAGAACUUUGGCGGCAGCUCUGGCUCCGUCUCCGGACACUCUUCGCAGGGCAUGGGUCCGGGCAUGGGCUAUGCGGGUAACUCACAGACACUGGAACGACCCAAGCAGCAGAUAACAAUCGUUCAUGGAUCGCACACCCUGGGCAAGCCAAAGAAGAAGUCAGGCUCACAACGCCACUCGGCGGGCAACAUCGAUUACGACAACUUGUCGGGCAGUCAGGAGGCGGAUGACCUACCCCCAAGUGUGGGCGUGGUUCACUAUGCAUCUGGUCAUACCCACGGCCAACAGAUGCAGCCGGCGGGUUUCCGCGGUCGCAGCAAGACAGUGGGCGAUGUGGCAGAAAUCACUUGCUCUUCCCCAGAACCCCAGCAGCAGCAGCAGCAGCAGCACGUGCAGCAGGUGCAGCCUGGCCACGCCCAUGGGCAUCCGCAUCCACAUCCUCGAGAGCCACCGCCGCCGCCCAUCCGGCAGCCGCAUCUGCAUCACCAUAGCUCAGACAUUGAGCGUAUCGAUCCGGGGACUAAGUCCGAGGGCGAGGAGGACUCGCAGCAGGGCACAAUCAGGCCCAAGGCCACUUUGGGUCGCACGCCCAAUCACCUGACGCUGAGCACCACCUCGACACUCUCGGUGGGCAGCACCGGCAGCCAGGCGCGCUUGAUACAAUCGUCGCAUCCGCCGGCCAGCUACCAGCCGGUGCUGAUGAAGGACCUAGGUAAGCCCAUACCGGACGAGUCGGAGCUCGAGUCGGAGUCAGAGGCGCAUGCCGCCCAGGUGGCGGCCUCCUUUAACUUAAGUCUAGGCAGUAGUGGUAGCUUGUUCGCCUCCGAUACCCGGGAGAUGCAGUCCCAGUCCCAGUCUCAGUCUCAGUCCCAUUCCCAUUCCCAUAGUCUGCAUCCUUCGCCGCGUCAGUCGCCGCGCCAAUCCCCACGACAGUCCCCCAAGCAGGAGAUCGAGGUGAUCGAGAUCUUUGAGAGCGAGGCGGAGCGACUGGCCGCCUCCCAGCAGGUGGCCGUCGUCCACCAGCAUCCGGCGGGCCAGGCCAGGGAUUCGAUGCAUAAGCAGCGACGUGACAGAAGCGACCGACGUGACCCAACCGAAACGGAUGCCACGGUGCGGUUCAUGGACAAGCACCUGAGUGACCUCGAGCAGGAGAACCUAGCCGAUGGUGGCACCUGCGACAUCGUGGCCUACAUGGAGAGCCUGCGAGAGAAGGCCUUCGAUCCGCAGGAUCUAACCGAGGAGGCUGGCGACCAGCAGCAGAAUGACUCAAGCCUGUCGCCGGAACCGCAGACCAUUGUGGAGAACACACAGCAGACAGUGGUGGUGGACAUCGAGUCGCCCAGUUCGCGGCCAGCCACCGAAUCGGACAGCACUGGCACCACCACAGGACCCUCGGAGCGCUCCGAGGAUGAGACCGAGGAGGAAGCCACCAGCUCACUGGCCUCACACAUCGUGGUGAUCGAUAAGAAGGUAGACAAAAUCUUCAAGGCCAAGUCCCCAGAGCGUCCUGGUUCCACCAAGGUGAAGGGUGGCAGGCGCCAGAUAUACAUCUCUCCGGAUCGGUGCAAGUCCCAGGGCAGCUCCCCGGUAAGGAUAAUCAAGAUCAAGUCGCCACGCACCAGUCUGAGUGACCAGGGCAAGCGGUUGAGCGUGUGCUCCUCGAGGGAUAACUCCCAGGAUCGACUCUCGGGCGGCAGAAGGACUCCCAGUCCACGUCGCUCCUCCGAGGGUGGCGGUAUACUGAAGCAUACGAGUGGCCCCGCUCCGGGCAUCCUUAAGCCGCCCUCCAGUCCGGCCAAGUCAAAGAGUCCGGACAGGAGUUGCCUGAAGAAGGGCGGACCCUCGCACGUGUGCAGUGUGGAGACCCUCUCCCCGCACAUCUCGCCCAGGAGCAGUGUGGAUCACCUGUCACCGGACAGGGCCACAUGCCUGCGCCACUCGCCGCGCAGCAGCUUCGAUAGCCGCGACGGCUCAGAUCACAACCUGGAUGUGCCACACGGUAGCCGGAAGCGGAGCAUGUCUGCCCAUGGUAGCUUCGAGACGGGCACCAGGACACGGGGGGCACAGGAAACGUAUCAGUACUAUCCAGUGUAUGACAACCAAACGUGCAGUGAUCACUAUGUAGCCGCCGCUCCCACAGGACGCUAUGGAGGCGGUGGCGGCGGCACUAGUGCCAGGAGCAGGCUGAGCAAGUCUCUGGAGCGCUCCACCUCGCGGGAUAGCACCACCACAAGCAGCUCCUAUGGUCACAGGACCUAUGGUGUGUCCCCGGAACGAAACUACGUGGUCUACAGCUCGGGACCAUUGCGCUCGCAGUCGGCGGAGAACACUUUCUCGCAGCCCAUAUACGAUCCUCUGCCCCGGCAUCCUCCACAGCCAGUGCAUCAUCUCCAGCAGCAGCAGCUACAGCAACAGCACCAGUACAUGGGCUAUGUCCCCGAUAUGGGUGGAUAUGGAGGAGGAGGAGGAGGAGGAGGAGGCGGCUGCCAGCAUGAUCCACAGGGACCCGGUGGCUACCAGCUUAGCUCCUCGGCACCGGAAUACACCACAUGCAUCGACUGUCUGUACCAGAAGAGACCCUCCUAGCAUAAGUCCCGCGUGCGGCAAAGUCGCACGCGGAAGAAGACGCCACGCGGAGUGGGAAUGGUGGUGGUCAGUGCCCAGCCCACGGCCACCGGCGGCAUAGGAUUCGUGCCCGAGAUGGGAACCUCCAGCGUUGAGGCGCCCGGCGGUUGUGUGGAUUGCCACGACUACUUCGAGAUCCAUGUCUAAGCUCCAUUAAAGCCAAUCCCAAAACCAGAUAAUAGAUAACAGAGAAGAGCAACCGUAACAACAAGAACCCGAAAUGCCUCAACAAACUAAUUUUAAACCAAACUCAGCUCAGAUAUACGUAAACCCACAAUGCUAACCAUUAUAUAGUAAUCAAUUAAUCGAACCGAACUUCCAAGACACAAGGGAUUGAAAUGGAAAUCAAAGACCUAGCCUACAGUAACGUAUAUAUACACUCUCUGCAUUAACAGGAAACCUAAACUCGCGUACUCUCUCGUUGUGUAAGUGUUAGAAGUAAGUCACACCUUUAGCCUCAGCCGAAAACUAAUCAAGGAACGAAAAGUGGCCAAGGAACCGGGUUGCAUAACCACCACCACUGUAUAGUUCUCAGAGCUACCAGCUCCCAUCUACCAUCUACCAGUUCCCAGUUAAUUAUUUAAGUUGCUGCCGAGUUGAGCGCGAACAUUUCGCCGUGAUUUACAAGCAUAUACUUACACACACACACACUAACACUCUGCACCCAUACUCUUGCGUACGCACACCUGCAGUCGUUGGUUCACAUUAACAAACAAAAUGGCGGAAGUUCCGCUCGCCUCGGGGUGGCAAGUAGAAAUAUUACGUAUACGCCGCGUUGCACACACAAUACUCAAGUGCCGUAAUUACGAGGGCAAACAACAGAAGAGAGCAGCAUCAGCAGCGGCAGCAACUAAAACUAAAGUUGAAAUUCAUACUCGCACUCAAGCAAACUACUAAGAGACACAGAGAAACAAAUGGCAAACUCAACUUUAAACAUAUAUAUGUUAUGUAUAGCUGCGAGAAAAGGCGAAAAAAGACAGUCAGCAAACAGGAACGGAAACAGAAACUAUACAGAAAAGUUAAAGAAAAGUCGUCAGCCAAAUGAAGGGAAGAGUCACUUCCCAUCCCCAAAAAAAAAAAAGAUUUUUAAUUAUCCAUCUGCAGAUCUAGGAUCUGCAAUCUAUGAUCCCUGCGACUGCAACUGCAACUGAGCUGGCACAAGUUGAGUGCCGACACUCCGUGGGUUAACAUGUCAUAUACCUAACAAGAGAGGGUUAUUUACAUAAAAGUAGAAUCGAAAAAAAGAAAUCACUAGAGAACUAAAAAAACCAAUAGUUAGUUAGAAAAUUUUGCCAAUUUGCACGCACAAGGAUGUGGUGUGUUGUGUGCGAUGAGGGCAUCGAUGUGUCUAUGUACCAAUAAUGUUGUGACAAAUAAUUUGCAUAUACAAUGCAUAUGGUUUUUUGUAUGAUUUUAUAGGUUUUUUAUAUAGAUAUAAACAAAUAUACAUGCAUAUACAAGUCCGAUGGGGUCAAAUCGAAUGAAAUGUUACAUUUUCCGCAUCGGUUUUUCCAAAAUUCAUUUCAUUCUACACACAUAGACUCACAACUGAAAUGCAAAAUCAAAAUUCCAAUUAAAUCAGCAAACACAAUAAAAAGAAUACAAGUUGGACACAUGUAUUCAGAGAGAAUGAUAAUCGUAAGUCGUACCUCAAUGUUCAGUAAAUGGGUAAUCAAAUUAUAUAUAUAUAUAUAUGUACACCUAGGUAGCCAGACAGGGAAACCAGGAAAAACCAUAGAUACUACUCGUCAUUCCUCAUGGAUAACCCCGACAUCAUCAUCAUCAGUAUCAUCAUCAUUUUCCCCUUUCGAAACUCUCGACUAAAUAGCAAACGACGUGGUUGGGGUCAAACCAAAAAAAUGUUCAGGUUGUUGUAACGAGAAUUCAAAGCAAAAGUAUUAAACAAACCAAAAAACCAAAAAAGCGAAUAACAUAGUCGGAAUAACGUAAAUAAAUAAGUUUAAGCUUCAAAGGAAACGUUUACAGUUCACAGUUUACACUGGGCUUCACAGCAGCAGCAAAAUCAAAAAACAAAUCAAAACAAAACAAAAAAACAAUGGAAUCAAAUGGAAAAACACUCUCAAAAAUCAAAGUAUACAUCGUAAAAAUGGAAUAUACAUACUAUAUAUAUACAUAUAUAUUAUACAGCAGCAUAUACAUACAUACAGCAUAAAUGUUAAACUAAAUGGAAAACGGGAAUACUCGACAACAAAAUAUGCAAAAAUAAAGGCAAACUAAAUAGGAGGGAUAAGCGAUAAGCGGAGACCGCAGACAGCGAAACAUUUAAGAGUAACAGUAAAGCUAAAACAAAUAUCAAAUUUAACCGAUAAUCCAAACACUCACACACACACACACACCCUCGCAAUCCACUAAGCAAAUAAUCGAAAAAUCAACAAACUAAACGUAAAAACUAAACCAAACUAAAGCGGCGAGAGCCUGUAAGCUCAAAGCACUAAACUAAAUUGAACUAAACUAAACUAAAAUGCAGCAAACUAAAGCA